CCCGCAGCUCUCCAUCAUUCCUCACAGCUCUACGAAGUGCCUGUAGCAAUACUCAGCAUUUGUUUGACUCGCCAACAUGACUGUCACAGAAUUUGCAAUUCUCCCUCUCAACCAUCCCCUUACAAAAGACAAUUCAACCCUGCCCGAACCCCUCAUCGAAAAGCUUCAAACAGCGAAGAAGGUUCUCGAAUCCUCAGCCCGCUAUCCUUUUCAUUACUUUCAGCAGAUUGAGGAUCCGUCCACGAUCUAUCUCAUUGGAAAAUGGGGCUCGGUCGCCGAGCAUGAGGAAUUUUUAUCUUCGGCGGAGAAUCAAGCGCUGUUAGACCUCUUGAAGGAUGAUAUUACUAUGUCCGUUGAUGGAGACAGGAAGAUGACAAUGUGGCAUCUUGAUACAGAUGUCUUUGUUUUGAACAUCUCGAGUGGGGAGAAAUCAGUAUUCACAGCCCCUGCCAUCAGCUGCAACAGACAUUUCGUCCCGGCAGAGAAGAAGGAGGCCUUUGUAAAGAAGUUCCAAGAAAUCAGAGGUCUUCUGGAAGCAUACACCAAGCCUUUUAAGGUUAUUGGUGGAUGGAGGAUCGAGAAGGAAGUGGUGGAAGGGAAGGAGAGGGAGGAAUGGGCUCUGUUCUCAGGGUUUGAGAGUGUGGACCAUCAUUUCGCCUUCGCGAAGACUGAGGAAUUUACAAAGUAUAAAGAGAUUAUAUCCUUUGUGGAUGGGUUUGAAGUGAGGCAUUUGACAUCAAUUAAAGGGUUGUCAUAAGGAGAGCAUCUAAGAUUCAAGCACUAUAUGAGCGAUAGCUUCCCUUACAUUACC